AUGAGGGAUUUUAUACGAUAUGAAAGGCUCCAAUCAAGCCCUGUCGAGCCAUUGAGGCAAAAUCCAUUCUUCUUUUGCUUGAAACCAACAUCGUCGUUGGUGCAGCAACCAAAUCCCAUUCGGUUACCGGUCCAAGUUGAAUCGGACUUUGAGCAUGAAGUUGAACUGGGCAUAAUUAUUGGUGAAAACGCUGGUCGCAAUAUCAAAGCUGAAUAUGCGAUGAACACAAUCGCAGGAUACUGCCUUGCAAUUGAUCUUACUGCUCGUACUUUGCAGAACGAAGCAGCAAAGUCGGGUCUUCCCUGGAGCAUCUCCAAGGGCUUUGAUACCUUUUGUCCAGUGGGAGUUAAUGGCCAGCUUCGCCAAGAAGUGAAUACAUCUAAAAUGCUUCUUAAAAUACCAGAGCUUAUCCAAACCAUUUCAUCGCUUAUGAGGCUUGAACAGGGAGAUCUAAUUCUAACAGCUGGAAUUGAUAGAGACUUUUCAAGAAUGAUGUUUAGAGUUGUGCCUGGAUCGCUCUGUCGCGAAAAGUAG